AUGAAGAUCACUCUGCUCCUACUCACUUUGGUUUACUAUGCGGAAGCGACACCAUUCGAAGUGAGUUUAAUUUCGCUUUUGAUUACUUUUAUUUUUCGAUUUUUGAGUGAACAGUACUAAUUAGAAUAUAAAAAGUGUUCGAAUUUCAUCAACAGAUCUGGUCAAAACUAUUAGAUUGCAUAAAAAGUUUUAACUAUUUUUUUUGAAAUGUUUUAUUACUCUGUAAAAGGCCUCAUUGAAAUUCUAGCAAUUUCAGAAAAUACAGUAAUUGCCUGGAUUUUUUGAUCGAAAUUCGUCAAAAGUUCGAAACUGCGAUUUUCAAUCUACAAUUAGUAAAAAUAAGAGUAAGAUGAGGCUUCAAAUAUUUCGCCAAAAAGGUUUUUUCUCAGACCCCUCCUAAUUCAGCGAUUAAUUAAUGGACUAUGCAAGCACAUGCAUAUGCAAAGCAUACGAGUUUGUUCCAAAUCUGCGAUGAUUUGCGUUGUUUUCCGUCGAUAUUCUUGCAAUAUUUUUAUUUCCACAAGUGAAAGAAAUUGAUUUCAGAUCUACUGGAACGUCCCCUCCUAUCAAUGCCGGAAAUAUUUCAACCCCGAAGACUACUCGAUAACCACAAACAAAAAUCAAAUCUUCCGCGGUGAAAAGCUGGUCGUAUUUUACGAAAAAGACCUCGGUUUAUAUCCCUAUUGCGACGACCAACAGGAAAGCUACGAGACCAACAAAAGCCUCCAUGUGCACUGCGAGAAACCGAUCAACGGAGGAGUGCCUCAGGUAAUUCUAUUUUUAUUUAUUCAAAUUAGAAAAGGAAGUUGAUUUAAGUGCUCAUAUCGAGAAGGUGAAGAAGGACGUUGUUCGGCAUAUCCCUGACGAGAACUUUGAUGGUCUGGCUAUCAUUGAUUACGAGCGAUGGAGGCCUUUGUUUGAUCUGAAUUGGACUACGAGGAAGAUCUACCAGGAAUACAGUAUCCGGCUGCUCAUGAAGAAAUAUCCUGAGCUACCGAGGACCAGUCUGGCUUAUCUGUCGCGAUAUCUCUUCGAAUAUCAUGCCAAGCAAGUUUCAGUUAAUUUCAAAAAGUCCAAGUAUUUGAAUCUUCAAUUUGCAUAUUCAGAUUUUUGUUCAGAUCUCGAUGAAACUUUGCUUAAAUUGACUCAAAAAUUUUCUAAUACAUACUCGAAAUUUUUAGCAUGCGUUUUAGGGUAAUUUCUAUGAUUUUCCUACCAUAAACCACUCCGAUUUUAAUACUCUGCUUUACCCUUUUGACUUUCAGGAAUUUCCUUUUGGCGACGAUAAAUUCAGCGCGAGAGAUGAGACCCAAGGCCAAAUGGGGAUUCUGGGACUAUCCUUUGUGCGACUAUCGACUAGGACCCAACGAGAAACAAUGCAGGGGACAUUACAAGAUCAUCAACGAACAGUAAGACCUUAUUUUAGGCCAUCAAACCUGAGAGAUCCUGAUCUGUGGUUGAUUAUUCCUCAAAAUUAUAAAUUUAGUUUCGUACUUUAGGCUUCUCUGGAUGUUCAACGCCUCCGAUAUAAUCCUCCCGCCGGUUUAUUUCUAUCGCCCCGAGAGCGUUUUGGAUCGCCAGCGAUAUGUGCAUGCGAAGAUGGUCGAGGCCGAAUGGAUCAAUCAGAAAUUGCAUCCCAAAAAACUGCUGGUCUACGCCUAUGCCAAGUUUGAAUACGAUGUCCUGUACAAUGAGACCACCAAAGAUACCAACAACAAUUACUAUAGUAAAGUAAGCGGGCUUCAAAGUAAUGUAAUUCCUCAGGCUGAUGUCUGCAACUCUCUCAAAUACCCAAUGGAGAUGGGAGCGAAUGGAAUUAUCCUGUGGAGCACCUCCAAUUACAUGAAGAUACGGUGCAAAAGCUUGGGCAACUUUUUGGAAACUGUUCUGGGCCCAUUUGCGGCUGCUGUGAAGCGAAAAGCUGACAAGUAAGUAAUGAAAUCGACUGGUCGAUUGUUUAAACGUGGGCGGAGUUACUUUUCCCAGCCAUGAAUCAAUUUUCCCCCUGUCAAAUUUUUGGUAAAUUUUCUCCAAAAUCAUCGAAAAGGCCCCGCCCAUUUCCCGUCAAAGUUUCUCCUUUGCACUGUGCACUUUAUUUCUCAUCCUCCCAUUGCACUGUGCAUUCGAUUUCAUCUCACUGCGCUGUGCAAGACAGAGGCAAUCGCAAAUUUCAAGCGACAAAGUCUUCUUCAAAUCAAUGUCUGACGUUGUGCAGCAUGGAAAGUCAAAAAAACUUGCGACAAGUCGCUGAACAGAAUUUCACAAAGUGCGAUUUUCUUCUGAGCGUGCGACACGACGAAACGACACAUUUUUUUGGGUUGGGAACUCGCACGAUCAUGUCGCAAAACGGUUUGCGACUUGACUUUGUCGCGGACUGAAAGCGACACAAGAAAUCGUUUUUCAAGAGUCGCGCGACAUGCCGUGGGGUUUGCACGGUGCAAAUUUUUUUGCACAAUUUCAAUGCGGGCGAUUUACGUCCGCUUUUUCUUGCACCGUGCAGAGGUUUGGAAUCCCAUUGCACAGUGCAGUUGCUUUUUCCACGGUUUUUGCACUGUGCAGUAGAAAGGAAAAAAGGAUUUUUUGACUGAAUUUUUGAAAAUAAAAAAAAAAGUUUUCAGGAUGACAAAAUUUAUAGACAAAAUAACUGUUUUAAAGCCAUCCACGCCACUUUUAUACAAUCGAUUGCAUUAAUUUGACCUAUUUUCUGCAGAUGUUCGAAGAAGGAAUGCAGUGGAGUUGGUCUCUGCAUGUCCAAGGACCGUCUACCGACCAAUAAAUGUGAAUUGGCGCAGACCAACGAGUCCGAGUGCCUCUGUCCCGCUCCUUUCUCUGGUCCCCAAUGUCAACUUCAGCCGUUUCCUCAGCCCCAGACUCUGAAUGAAACGGAAGAAAUCUCGUUUGAUAUCUUGUAA